AUGGCAGACACAAUAGUAUCGGCGGAAGCCAUCGUGGAAGUUGACACUAAUGAAGGGGACUCAACUCUUGGCGAUGAUAUAUCGACAUCUAGCACAUCGGUAGUAUCCAGUGUUCUGCAAUAUGAAUGGAAACAUGGCCGGCGUUACCAUUCCUACCAUGCUGGCACGUAUAAUUUCCCAAAUGACGAAAGAGAACAGGACCGACUGGACAUGAUCCAUCAUGUCUUUUACCGACUGCUACAGGACCGCUUGUUCUUAGCGCCUAUUGAUCCAAAUCAUGGCCUCCGGGUCCUGGAUAUAGGCACUGGCACAGGCGUAUGGCCUGUUGACCUGGGUGAUCAGUUCCCUGGCGCCUCUUUGAUCCUCGGUAAUGAUCUCAGUCCAAUCCAACCAAGAUUCGUGCCCCCGAAUGUGAAGUUUAUCAUCGAUGAUGUUGAGCAACAGUGGACCGAGUCGCAACCAUUUGACUACACUCACUGUCGAUACAUGGCUGGUUCGAUCCGAAACUGGUCCCGUCUUAUUCAACAGUGUUUUGAGAACCUCAAGCCUGGAGGGUGGCUGGAACUCCAAGAGUCGGCAAAUACGUUAUAUUCCGAAGACAAUAGUUUGAAGCCAGACAAUGCGAUGGUAAAGAUGAUGGAUGGCCUGAUGGAAGCAUGCGAGAAGAUCGGCCGUACUAUGAACCCAGCGCCAUCAAUGAAAGGCUGGGUUGAAGCUGCAGGUUUUGUAAACAUCAACCAGCGGAGAUUUAAGCUUCCUAUUGGCGGCUGGCCAAAAGAUCCAAGAUUAAAGGAGAUUGGAAUCUUCAUGGGAAUUAAUUUUGUGGAAGGCGUAGAGGCUUUUACCGUAGCUCUAUUCAAGGAUGUUCUGGGCUGGACACAGGACGAAGUACAAGUCCUCAAUGCCAAAGUGAGAGAAUCUGUUCGACGAAGGGAUGCUCACCCGCUGUUUGAUUUUCUGCGUCUUCCGGGCCAAAAGAUGACACUUCAUGGUUCCUACACAAGUCUCCUCCAGGGUGCUUUGACCUUGGGUGGACAGGAAUGGCACGGGUUGGUGGGCAGCCGCAUAUGCAUGCCACGGUUCUGGCCACUCUACUGGGUCGCUGGUGAAGCUGCUGCUCACUACUAG